AGAGUGCAAGGCGGCUCGCGCAGAGGAAGCUGUUCGGAAGCGAAACAAACAUGUCGUACACUAAGUUCGUCCCGGCUCUGGUGAGGGCGAACACGGGCAGCAUCGGAAAGCUGAGACUUUCACCUGCAAGAUGUCGCUCGACGGUCGCGUCCGCCAAAAGCCAGGAGGAGAAGGAGCCGCAGAUGGAUGAAUGCACCGUGGUGGAGGCUGUGCCGGUGGAGCUCAUCAGCCAGACCAGAAGCCUGAGCAACACGCCGCUCAGUAAAAUCCACAUCGACUUCGACAACACGCAGGAAGCCUACAGAAGCAAAGGGAACAUCGAGCUGCUCCGAAGUCUGCUGGUCUUCAAGCUGUGUACCAUCGACGUCCUGGUUGAGAAGAACAAAGAGCUGAUGGACCUGAGCAAGAAGCUGCUGGGCAAGUGGAUGUUCGAGAGGAUGAUGAAGAUGACCUUCUACGGCCAGUUUGUGGCGGGAGAAGACCACAACUCCAUCAAACCUCUGAUCCAGAAGAACCAGGCCUUCGGCGUGGGGGCGGUUUUGGACUACAGCGUGGAGGAGGACUUGACCCAGGAGGAGGCUGAGAAGAAAGAAAUGGAUUCAUGUGUUUCUGAAGCAGAGAAAGAAAGUCCAGGCGACGACCAUCGUGAGAAAAAGUACAAAGCCCAUCGUCAGUUCGGGGACCGACGUGGGGGCGUCAUCAGCGCUCGUACGUACUUCUACGCAGACGAGGCCAAAUGUGACAACCAAAUGGAGACGUUCAUGAACUGCAUUAAAGCCUCUGGUGGCGCCUCUUCUGAUGGGUUUUCUGCCAUCAAAAUGACUGCACUGGGACGCCCACAGUUCCUCCUCCAGUUUUCAGAGGUCCUGGUUAAAUGGAGACGCUUCUUUAACUUCCUCGCCGCACAACAGGGAAUAUCAGAAAUGAUGGUUUUGGAGCAAAAGCUGGAACUGGAACAACUCAAGGAGAGCUUGACCGAGAUGGGCGUCGGAGCCAAAGAUGACAUCGAGAACUGGUUCACAGGAGAGAAGCUGGGUUUGUCAGGAACGAUAGAUAUGCUGGACUGGAACAGUUUAAUAAACGACACGACAAAAAUCUCCAAUCUGCUCAUGGUGCCAAACCUUGAGACGGGCCAUCUGGAACCUUUGCUGAACAAAUUCUCCGCUGAGGAGGAGAGGCAGAUGAAGAGAAUGCUGCAGAGAAUGGACAUCCUGGCCAAGCAUGCCAUGGAUCAUGGAGUGAGGCUUAUGGUGGAUGCCGAGCAGACGUACUUCCAGCCAGCUAUUAGUCGACUGACCCUGGAAAUGCAGAGGAAGUUCAACAGAGAGAAGCCGGUGAUCUUCAACACUUACCAGUGUUACCUCAAGGAAGCCUAUGACAACGUAACCCUGGAUGUUGAGCUGUCUCGACGGGAGGGCUGGUACUUCGGUGCCAAACUCGUCCGCGGAGCCUACAUGUACCAAGAGAGAGCCAGAGCCGAGGAGAUUGGCUACGAAGAUCCCAUAAAUCCAGACUACGAGGCCACCAACAGGAUGUAUCACAGGUGUUUGGAGUACGUCCUGGAGGAGAUCGAUCACAGCAGGAAAGCAAACGUCAUGGUUGCCACUCACAACGAGGACACUGUCAAGUUCACCCUCGAGAAGAUGAAUGAGAUGGGCCUGUCACCCACUGAGAACAAAGUUUACUUUGGACAGCUGCUCGGCAUGUGUGACCAGAUCAGCUUCCCGCUAGGUCAAGCAGGUUUCCCGGUCUAUAAGUACGUUCCUUACGGCCCCGUCAACGAGGUCAUCCCUUAUCUGUCUCGCCGUGCUCAAGAGAACCGUGGCUUCAUGAAGGGAUCCCAGAGAGAGCGCAGCCUGCUGUGGAAGGAGCUGAAGCGCAGACUGCUGGGCGGUCAGAUUCUCUACAAGCCUGUCUACUGAGUCACAGGACCACGACAUGCUAACUGCAACAUGUCUGUAAGCAUUCCACUGCCUUCAGUGUACCUCUACCCGUUAGUGUAGUGGAAGAUGAAUAUCUUUCCUGGGGGUUGCUCGGCUGCACUGCAGGCAGGAAAGUUUUGCAUUUCUACCAGCAGGUGUUUUAAAUGUGGUUAGAAGUUAAUGUGAUAAAUAGGGGUUAAAGCACUGUAUUAGUAAUAAUGCAUUGUAGCAAUAAAUAUGCUGCUUUAUUAAGAAGUUAGGAUUCAUAUUUACCUCUAAACUUCAGCCUGACCACAGUAAUCCUCAGAAUCAAAUCUGCUUAUUUUUAAAGUAUUUAUGUCUUCUGAUACACAACAGAGAAAACGAUGUAUUUUUGACUGCCAAAGGUGGCCUUCUUGUACAUAAAUAGUGACAUUUGCUCUUAAAAAUGAGAUUCUUGCUAUAUUUUUGCUUCUAUCUUCGGUAGCUGCUGCUUAAAAGUGCCUUAUGAUUGUUUUAGCAGGACUGACCGGAAGCUACUGUGCAACUUAGGUUUUGUUUUUGUCACCGUACACUCCUCCAAGGGGAAUUGUGAGCAUUUUGAUUAGCAUGUUUAUUUUUGUCAAUGUAUCAACCAAUAGUUUGCUAUAUAAGUGCAGCAUAUAGACUUUGGAAAGAGAUUUAUAUUUAAAUGUCUGGUUUGAGUUCUGAGAUCCAAAUAUGAAGCGUGAAUGCUGCAGCACAGCCCAGAUGAGCCUGUUUUUAAUCUCUCUUGAUCCCCGCACACCGAUGCCUGUAAGACAAAGAGGAGAUAGCAUGUCAAAUGAACUGUGGAUGUGUUGAAACAAGGCCUCACUACCGUUGGCGAUUGUUUGCAGUACCUUUCGUGCAAACUCCAAACAAAGCGUGUGAUCCAUUUCACCAAUCCUUUAUGCUUCGGCUGCUUUAAUUGUUGACACGUACCAGAUGGUCCGAACUUCAUUUUCUGUAAAUUCAACAUCUUCCGGGUGUGAAACGCUGACAGCAGAUGGUUCAAGCAGAAAAACAGGAACUUUCAUGACCCGUGUUCCAAAAUGUUCCCAAAACAUGACGUAGCUGCUGUUUCAAGGAAACUAAAAUCCUGGAAGAACAGAAGCUGCGUGAUUUUACAGAGACUGGUUAUGUCAGAUUAUGUGGUUUCAGUGCUCUGAAACUUUUUAAGGUUGUCCGUUGAGGGGUUGAAUGAAAGUCAUAGAAAACGUUUUCAAAUUAAAAUGUUUUUUAGGACGAAAAAUUCACAUUUCUUGUCACAAUCACUGCAGUUCUAAUGUAUUUUACACAACAAUAGUGCUUUAGAAAGUCAGAAACGAUAUUUUUCUACCAGUUGCAAUAUCAUAAUUCUAACACAAUACCAACAAUAAUGAUCGUCUGUAAUUUAGUGGCAUUAGUGCAUAGUCACGCAGCCUUAAUUGAUCUUUAUAGAUCUGACGGUCCUGUUGUUUUAAGGUGGUGGUCGAUCGUCUCACCUGGAACUAUGUAUGUGAAUGUGGCAACUUUUAAAGUGUUGAUGGGAACUUUAGUUUUAUUUGUUGUUGUAUUUUCUGUUUGUUCGUUCACUCAUUACUGCUGUAUCAUUGCAUUUGUAAAAAGAUGUGUAAAUUAUAUAAUAAAAGUGGUUAAUGUAAAGAA